AUGUCAACAAUCCCUAUCGAGCAAAAAGUAAUCAACGCGUCAGUCCUUGCUUCAGAUGUUGCUAUGGGCCAGCAGGAGGCCGAGAAGGAACUUGCGCAAGCCCAUGCUGCAGAUGAGACUGAUCAGGACGCCGAAGGUGAUUUGGAUAUGCUAUCGUCGCCGGAUACCGCGUCUGAAGACAACGUUUCGCUGAAAGGCUCUGCCAAUGGAAAUGUCUCUGAAGGUGAAGGUGAUGAUUCCCCUUCGUUAGCGGAAGAGGCAGACGACGAUAACUUCCAGGAUGCUGAUGAACCGAUGGAAGACGAGGACUUUAAUGAAGAUGAGGACGACGACAGUGAACCUGUCAGGAAGAAAGGCCUAGUAAGGAAGAAGGCUCAGUCUAGAGCUACAGUCGAUGAGUAUUAUGAUCCCGACCUUUAUGGACUAAGACGAUCUGGACGAGCCAAAGGAACAACCCAGUUAGCUGACAAUGAUUCAUCGGAUGAGGAUGAGAGCGAUUAUAAUUCGCGAGCUUCUAAGAAACGAAAGAAGGUGUCCGCAUCUGGUGCUUCCUCGCGGAGGACUCGAGAAUCCUCCGCUGUAGAUGAGUCUCACUCGGACGAUUACGGUGCAUCCACUCGCAAGCGCCUCAAGAAGCGCAGCUUACCUGCCAAUGAGUUUGGCGAAGUGCGGUUCUCCUCCCGAAACACAAAAUCGAAGUCUUAUGCGCUUGGGGAGGAGUCUGAAGACGAAUCGGAUCGCGUGUCGGACGAUGAAGAUGGUUUCGGAUACGAACGGCAGGAGAGAGCCGUGGAGGAGCCUAAGGAAGCCAUCGACAGUAUCCUGGACCACCGGGAAGGACCUGACGGUGGUGAUGAUCCCUACACAACCCUUGAGUUUUUGGUUAAACGCCAAGGUCAAUCGCACCUGCACAAUACCUGGGAAACGUAUCCGCAAUUAACCCACAUCAAGGGCAUCAAGAAAGUCGAUAACUACAUCAGAUCGGCAGUUCUGCUUGAUAUAGCCAUCCGCUCGGAUGCAUACACAACACGUGAAGAUCUUGAAGCAAUGGAUAUUGAACGGGAACGAAAGCGGGACCAACUGGAGGAGUAUAAGACGGUUGACCGUGUCGUAGAAAGCCGGACGCAGAAGAGCUGCGAUAACCUGUCCGAACCUCAUACAGAGUAUUUCAUCAAGUGGAAAGGUCUGAACUAUGACGAGUGCACAUGGGAGUGCGAACCCGACAUUCACGAACGAUAUCAACCUCUUAUUGAUGCUUUCUUCGAUCGGACCAGUUCGACUUUACUGCCGCACAAAGGCGAGCAUUUCACGGCAAACAAUCGUCCUCACUUUCGGAAGUUAGCUGAACAACCCUCGUACAUCAUAAAUGGGGAAUUAAAAGAUUUUCAAAUGACCGGUAUAAACUGGAUGGCUUAUUUGUGGUCAAAGAACGAGAAUGGUAUCUUGGCAGACGAAAUGGGAUUGGGUAAGACGGUACAGACGGUGUCGUUUUUGUCAUAUCUUGUACAUGACGUGCAUCUUCAUGGCCCGUUUCUUGUCGUUGUGCCACUUUCGACUGUCCCAGCCUGGCAGGAAACGUUUGAGAAAUGGGCGCCAGAUUUGAAUGCCAUCACCUUCCUCGGGAACCAAAAAUCACGCGAUACUCUCAUCGAAUCCGAAUUCUUCCUGGACAGUGCUAGGAAGAAGCUAAAAUUCAACGUUUUACUUACGACUUAUGAGUAUAUUCUGAAAGAUCGGGCUGUACUUGGCGAUAUCAGGUGGCAGUACCUCGCCGUGGAUGAGGCUCACCGUCUUAAAAAUGCGGAGUCUUCGUUAUAUGAGGCUUUAUCCUCUUUCAGGACGACGAACAGGUUGUUGAUCACCGGUACGCCUUUGCAAAACAAUAUCAAGGAGCUUGCUGCUUUGGUGGACUUCUUGAUGCCGCGAAAGUUUGACAUCUCUGUUGAGAUCGACUUCGAUAAGCCUGAUGCAGAGCAGGAGAAGUUCAUCCGCGAUUUGCAUGAACGCCUGAAGCCUUUCAUUCUGCGCCGUCUGAAGAAGGACGUUGAGAAAUCUUUGCCGUCGAAAACGGAGCGUAUCCUGCGUGUUGAGCUAUCUGAUAUGCAGACCAGCUACUACAAAAACAUCCUGACCCGCAAUUAUUCUGCACUGAAUGCCGGACCAAGCGGCGGAAAUCAGAUGAGCUUACUGAACGUCGUGAUGGAGCUGAAGAAAGCCAGCAAUCAUCCUUACCUGUUUCCAGCUGCUGAAGAAGAAUUUCUUGCAAGUAUUGGGAGCGAAAAAAGUCGAAACGAUAUUCUACGUGGAAUUGUUAUGACAAGUGGCAAGAUGGUUUUGCUGGACCAACUACUUACACGACUGCGGAAAGAAGGUCACCGUGUUCUUAUAUUCAGUCAAAUGGUUCGAGUUCUGGACAUUCUAGGCGAUUACUGCUCUUUGCGAGGUCUUCCGUUCCAGCGUCUAGACGGGACCGUUCCCUCAGCUACGCGCCGCAUCGCAAUCGACCACUUCAACGCCCCCGACAGCCCUGACUUUGUAUUUCUCCUAUCGACACGUGCCGGUGGUCUUGGCAUCAAUCUGAUGACAGCUGAUACGGUCAUUCUUUUUGACUCUGACUGGAAUCCGCAGGCUGAUUUGCAAGCUAUGGCACGCGCGCAUCGUAUUGGACAGAAAAAGCAUGUUACUGUGUAUCGUCUCGUCUCGAAAGACACCGUGGAAGAGGAUAUUCUCGAGCGGGCACGACGCAAGAUGGUAAUGGAAUAUGCCAUCAUGACGCUUGGUAUGACGGAUAGUGGCGACAAGUCAAAGAAGAAGGAAGGAUUUUCUACACAGGAACUCAGCGCUAUCCUCAAGUUUGGGGCUUCGAAUAUGUUCAAGGCGACUGACAAUCAGAAAAAACUGGAAGAGCUUAACAUUGAUGAUGUACUAGCACACGCUGAGGAUCAUGUCACUACUGUGGACGCGGGCGGUUCUAGCCUUGGAGGAGAGGAGUUCCUCAAGCAAUUUGAGGUGACGGACUUCAAGGCUGACGUGACGUGGGACGAUAUCAUCCCUGAGGACGAUCGCAAACGCAUAAAAGAGGAGGAAGACGAAAGGCGCAACGACGAAUAUCUUCAACAGCAAAUGGCUGCAAGUUCUCGUCGAGCCACUGUCACCGCCAGGAUGCGCGAAUACAACUCGGGUGCCAAGCAGGAUUCAACUCCGCCGGAUGAAAAGAUUGGCAGAAAGCCGCCAAAGAAGCGCACGGAGCCAAGGAAUCGCGACCUAAACGAACGUGAGAUCCGUAAUCUUUACCGUGCAAUGAUCAAAUUCGGCAAGCUCUCUCAGCGAUGGGAAGAUAUAAUCAAGGAUGCCGACCUUGGUGACAGGAACAUCGAAAAGGUGCGCGCGACCGGUGAAGGUAUGAUCAAAGCAGCAGAAGAGGCGCUUCAGGAGCAUCAGGCAGCUGAACUUGCGAAGGGUGAAGAACCUGUCCCGCAAAAGUUCCGCAAGGCCAUCUUGAUCGAAUUUAAUGGCGUCAAGAACAUCAACGCAGAAACACUCAUCCAGCGCUCUGAAGAACUUGGCUACCUCCAUGAUAUCCUUGCGAAGGUGCCAGAUAAGAAAUCAUACCGUAUGAACCCCACAGCCAAGGGCGUGCAUGGCUGGAAGUGUGUAUGGGGCGAACGGGAAGAUUCGAUGUUGUUGGUCGGUAUUGACCGCCACGGGUUUGGUGCGUGGGCAGAAAUCCAGGCUGAUCGGGAAUUGGGUAUGCAGGACAAGUUCUUUUUGGAAGAGAACACAAAGAACGAGAAGGAGAAGGCAGAAAAGACGGAGAAGGGUGUGAAAGGUAAACGACAGCCUGAUGCCGCAAUCCCUGGAGCAGUUCAUCUUGUUCGUAGAUGCGACACGUUGCUGGGGACUUUGCACGAUACAAAAAAUCAAAUGUUCCCAGAGCAAGAGAAGCAGGUGGACAAAAAAGCGAAACCCGACAGAGCAACGGGAAGCCCGGCGGUGCCUCCUAAACAGAAGAAGCUUUCUCUGAUCAAAGAGCGCAAACCCUCUAAUGGUAAAGCAUCUCCUCGAGAAAAUUCGCCGGCAGUGACAGCUUUGAAGAGAACGCCGAGUAUGAAGAAGGAAGCCUCCGGUCAUGUUUCUGACGGUGCCGAGAGCGAGUACGAGAGCAUGGAUGAGGCAGAGUGCAAGGCCUUACUGCGCCCUAUCAAAAAGCAGCUGAAAAAUCUCAAAUCGACGGAAAACAUCGAAAAGAGUCAACUCGCCGCCCAUUACAAGACGAACCUCACCGAAGUUGGCAACUUCAUUCGUGAACAAGUGGACGGGUCGAUCGGUGACAAAGAGAAACUUGAGAAACAUCUGUGGGUUUUCACUACCUGGUUCUGGCCCAGAGAUGUUUCUCACAAGAAGCUGCGGGCUAUGUAUAAGAAGAUGACAACGGAGCCUGAACAGUGA